AUGACAGAUGAGGAGCGAGGAGAAGUGUGGACCUUUUUCUGGUGCUCUUGCCAACGGGCUGCAAGGCAGGUGGUCAUAUGUAUCUUCAAGCACGUGGUACGUGGUACCGCCAGCAUGUUGAUAGUAAAACAGAAGAAUGAGACAAUAAUAACAGAAUUUCUACUGAUUGGAUUCUCCAUCCUGAAAAAGACACGGAUUUGCCUUUUCAUAAUAAUUUUCCUUACGUAUGUUGCUACAAUGACAGCCAAUGUCUUUAUAAUUAUCAUUGUAAAAACCGAAAGACGCCUUCACAAGCCUAUGUACUUCUUCAUAGGUGGAUUGUCAUUCCUUGAGAUUUGGUACCCUUCAGUCACUGUCCCCAGGCUCUUGUGGUCUCUUGGAACUACAAAGGAAGCAAUAUCCCCAGCUGGAUGCAUGGCACAAUUUUAUUUUCAUUUUUCUCUUGGAACAACAGAAAUCUUCCUCCUGACUGUGAUGGCCUAUGAUCGUUAUGUAGCCAUCUGCAACCCCCUUCGCUAUUUAGCCAUCAUUAAUCCUAAAGUUUGCACCAUACUCAUACUUGGGUCCUGGGCUUGUGGCUUUGUUUCAAUGAUUCCUCCUUGUGUACAGAUUGCAAACCUCUCAUUUUGUAGAGAAAACCAAAUUGAUCAUUACUACUGUGAUUUGGCUCCAAUACUCAAACUGUCUUGUUCUGAGACAUCAAGCAUUGAAAAGUUGUUUUUCUGCCUUAGCUUGUUCAUAAUAUUAGGCUGUUUUGUCUUAAUUAUUAUCUCUUAUAUUUGUAUAAUAAGGAAAACUCUUGCGGUUCCCACUGCGAUAGGAAGACGCAAGACUUUUUCUACUUUUGCUUCACACCUUACUGUUGUAUGCCUUUUUUACGGGCCUAUCAUCUUUAUGUUUGUCAGGCCCAGCACUGGUGGCCUCAUGCACCUGAAUAAAAUUGUUUCCAUCAUCCCGUCUGUAGUAACUCCUCUUUUAAAUCCUAUUAUCUACACUCUGCGUAAUCAGGAGGUACAGGGUGCCAUGAAGAAAACAAUUCAAAGGUUUGUUUUCCCUGUAGAAGACAGUAUCAGUAGUAAAACUGCAUAA